AUGGCGUCCUUCCUGCUCGGCGACGAGUACGCGUCUUCCUCCGAGGAGGAAUCUUCGCCCAGAGCUCGUCCAGUCACAAAGGAAUCGGCUCCAGUCGCAGCAGCUCCCAGCACGGAGCUGCUGCCAUCUGCAGACGAGUUGUUCGCCAGUGACACGAGCAGUCGGAAGAACGAGCAAACGUCAAGACCAGCCACUAAAGCAGUGAAGACUGAGACGGGAGAAGCCGCUCGCAAGCCCAAAAUCGCCCCAUUUGCUCCCCCGCAGCUCCGUUGCCCCAACAUUUCAACUGAAGACAGGAGCUCGUGGAAUACGGAUAAGACGCUGGCGCUGCAGAGGAAAGCGAAGGAGGCAGAAGCACGGGACAAGUGA